AUGACGCCGCAGCUCAGUCACCGCGGCGUCAAUGUCGAGCUUGGAUCCAGCGUCCGGUACCUGGGGGUUAAUAUCGACCGGGGUUUGAGAAUGACCGCCCACGCCAUGUCGGCGUUGGCGGCCGUCCGCUAUGCGAGGUUUUUCCUCUGGCCGGUGUUGGCCUCCAGGUUACCAGUCAGGACUAAGUUCGGCAUUUACAAGACAUAUGUCCGUUCCAGUAUCACGUAUGCAGCUGCGACCUGGUAUCACCUCAUACCGCAGCGUAUGCGGGUGAGGCUGCAGGCCCAGCAAAAUCUGGCUCUUCGCGCGAUAGUAGGAGCAGAGCGUUACGUCAGAAAUGACGUAAUAGCCCGGGAUCUAAAUGUGGAGUCGCUCGAGGAGUUCCGGAUAGAUCGUAAUCCUUACAAGCGGGCUGACGAUGGAUCCCACGAGCAUCUUCACAAAAUAGCUCCCUUGCACGCCAGACCACCUGAUGGUCGGGCGCUGUCAAGGGAGCUACUAGAACCCCCUGCUAUGGCAAGAUAG